UCUGACUCUGGAGCUGGUGUGUAAUGAGACUCUACACCUAUAUCUGACCGCAAGUCUUUACAAUAGCCGUUCUGUGACAGACCACUGAAAUGAGCACAAACAUGCCACAAGACGUGGUGCAUGCAUCCGACAGGCGGAUGCAGGUGACAGUGAAUGAGAUCUAUUGCAUAAUCAGACAGAGCUCAGCUCACACAAAGAGAAGCAGCGCGAGCGCUUCAUUUUAAACUAUGGCGGCAACGCACCGGAUUCUUUCGAACUGAAUCGCAAUUGUGUCGUGUUACGUGCUGGAAAACGUCUCAGCUUGGAGAAUAACAGCGUUUAGUUUUCAAAGAAUUGUUGGAUAUGAUGACAAAAAUUAUCCUGCCUCAAAACUUUGAAGUUUGCGUUUAUUUAUACUUCAUAUGCUCGCGUGCCGUGCGUGUGUUUUGUGUGAUUUGAUCAUUUCUUUGAACCUACCGCGCCGGGACGCUUAGGAGGAAUUUGUUUGUUGUUGUUUUUUUCCCACCGCCUCUCAGAAGCCGUUCAAAUGCUGGAAUGGAUUGGUGCUCUUUGCAUUAUGGUUUUAAUGGCCAUACUCUGGCCAGUAGUGAAGAAUUUUGGAGCAGAGAGUCAGUCCACGCUGCUGCCGCAGGGGCUUGAAAUUCCGCGCAAAAAAUCCGCGGAGAGAUGCGACUCCAACUGUGACACGGGUACAAAGCAGAAACUAGAGGGGCAAGCUGAAUCGCCGACGGUCGCCUUGAUAUGCAAACCCUCUGCCCUGGCAAACUACCUUCUCAAACAUUGCAUGAGUUUUUGCAAGUCUUUAUCGAUACCAAAAUGGAACUGGCGAGUGAGUCCGUCUUUACAGACUAUUUUCGGUGCUCUCUGGCCGUAUGACUGUCCUGUCCAUUUUAUUCGGGAUCAUUUGCAGUUGAGUGACGAUGGACUGGUGGCGUUGGACUGGGCUGUAGUUGGUGCGGCACAUCACAAGAGGAGGAGAACUUGCAGUAAUUCCACAAGUCCAAUUCUGCUUAUUAUACCCAACUCUUUUGGUAAAAUCACCAGGAAUGUGCUAAAGCUCUGUGAGGCAGCUCUAAGUCACGGCUACCUUCCUGUGGUCUUCAACCGCCGGAGCCAGAAUGGGACACCACUCACUACCGUUAAACUACAGCAAUUUGGUGACCCAACUGACCUGCGGGAAGCGGUACGAUACAUUCGGUACCGGCAGCCGGCAGGCCAGAUCCAUGCUGUGAGCGAGAGCACCGGUUCAGGCCUUCUACUCUCCUACUUGGGCGAAUGUGGCUCCUCCAGCUAUGUGACUGCAGCGGCCUGCCUGUCUCCCAUUUUUCGCUGCCAGAGCUGGUUUGAAAGUGGCCCGAAUUGGCCGUUCCACUGGGCUCUACUGCUCUACCAAAAGAUCUGCCUCAGCAGGUAUAAAACUGUGCUUGGAGAGCUUGUCCAUACAGACAACUUGUUCUCCAGCUGCUCCUUGAGGGCAAUGGAAGAAGCGCUCUUCUGCCAGUCUGGCUUAAAGGGUGCAUCAGUGGAGGGAGCCUGUAGCUGGGAGGCAUACUGGGAGCAUAAUGACCCUUUGAGGGAUAUAGAUGAAGUUGCCAUUCCUGUACUAUGUGUGUGUAGCCAAGACGACCCAAUCCGAGGGGAACCCCGAGCCACUCUACCUUUGGAGCUUUUUGAGAGUAACCCGCAUUUCUUCCUCCUGUUGACUGGGUGUGGAGGCCACUGUGGCUUCUCCAUACCAGACGAGGGCCCUACUGUUUGGAGCCACCAGGCCUUGUUGGAGUUUUUUCGCGCCACCACAGAUUUCUUCGCUGCGGAGGAGCGUGCCAAGCUGGCGGCCAGGCGGAGGGGUCUGGGUGGGGCUGGCAAGACAUUUCGCCAUCGCAGUGUCAGCACAUGCAAAAGACUGCCUGUUUGCUCACAUAACAUUCACACAAUUUACAACUGGCAGAGGUCGUACACCAGAUGAUGAUGAUGUGCACAGAGGUUCCCCCAAUGAAGAGACAGAACUUGCAAAGCUAGAUUCUACUGCAUUCUGACCUGCUGUUACACAGUCUCAAAAUCAGCAGUCAAGAAUUGGACUACCAUUGUCAACAUUGUUAGUGCUUAUAUUUGAGUAUGUUGAGACAUUUCAUUGUUUGUCAGAUAUUAAAAGCUGGUAGAAAGUUGAAAGGCAUUAGAAAUGCUAUGUUUUCAAAUAAUGUCUCUGGCUUCUGACAUUUUGAAUGGCAGCGUAUAAAUUAGCCUUAAAGUUGUGGGUGUCUGUUUCAAAGGGAUUGGUCCAAAUGUUUGUUCUGUACCUCAUGAAUUUUUCAGUACGUCAUUCCAAAAUUUAGAGAAGCAUUAUGUAAAGCAACUCUAUCUUUGUCUACAUGGUGGGCGUUCCCUCAGAUAUACUUUUAUAGUUCUGCAGGAAUUGCCUAAUUUGGGUUAGUACAUUCUGUGCAUACAAUAAUGACAGUGACAUUUUGUAAUUUUCUCAGUGUAGUAUUAUUCUUCUCGGAGACUGCUAGUUUAUUUAGUUUUCUCUGCGGUGUGUUAGAGGGAGAGCCUGUGUAAUUGGAGUAAAGAGUCAGCACUGCUGGAAUUUUCGUAUUGCGUCAUUAUGAGGUUUCAGGGAAAGCUGGUCUCCUGUUGACAUGGGUGGAGCUAGCUUUGUAUCUUUUCACAAUUUGUAACUCAAACUCUGAUUUUUGUUUUCCCAUGGGUGAGUGCUGUUUUUGUUUUCUACCUUUUUUCCCUGUAACCCAAAAUUUGUUAUGACUCUCUGGUGCCAAACCCCAUGUAUGUUAAAUUAUCUGUGAACACAGGAGCUUUAAUUAAAGGGUUUUGGCUAAACUCAUUCACAUAUCUUUUUCCAAAUAAACAGGACGUCAUACAGAAUUAUAGAUCAUACAGUCUGCUGCAUUAAAUGGACCCUGUUUAAAAGAUCUGUUGUGUUUUGGAUUCUGCUGGUCUCUGGGGUGUGAUGCUGGUGUCCCCACAAGGCUUCUUAAAUAGCUUAAAUCCAAAAAAAAGCUUGCACACUUACUGCUCCAAAAAAUAUUUUAAUUAACUAAGUGGUUAACGUUUUGACCCACACAAGAGUCUUCUUCAUAAUUCUGGUGUAUGUGUGUUUUUGAUAUACUGUACAUUCGUAACUAGCUUAACCAGCAAGAUUUCUUGGUCAAUUAGCUUCACCAGAAAGACCAUGCUGGUUGACCAGCAUUUUUUGCAGCAUGGUUAUGCUGGUCAACCAUCUAGACCAGCACCAAACUAGCACUGGCCAGCUUAAACCAGCUUUUCAACAAGAGACAUGGGAUUUCUCUUUACUUAAACAGCUGUUCAUAAAAACUGGAUCACUUAGGUGAAGUGACACUUUAGAGAAAUACUGAGAAAUGAAUCUUAAAAUAAA